GUUCUUUGCUUUCGUUUUUUAAUUCUUUGUUUAUAUUUACGUAUAGUUUGUUUGGCUGCGUAUUAUUAUUUGUUAUUGUUGUUACCCGACGGCGGAUGCUCUUCCCGAUGUGAUUUAUUAAUAGCGUUUAUAAAUAGUACUCUCGUUCUCAGAGAGCGGCCCGACGCUCCCCAGCUCCGCACACACAGUCGUUAAUCAAAGUGCCAUAAUUUUUUACGACCUGCCAAGGCCCACCAUCCUAACCCUUCGGAUAGACCGUGGAAUGGCAAGGAAUACCUCCUUUCGGAGGGCAUAUUGCGCAAAUAAUUGCAAACAAAUUAUUUUUUAGAAAUUCAAUCAGCUGGAGAAGAGCUUUUUUUUACAAAACAGACCAAUUUCAAGGUGAAAACAUGGGUGUUUUGUUAAGAAAUGGAAUUAAUAGCCACUUAGCCACAUAUGUCGCACUUCGUGGAGCGCAAUUACUUUUUAUGGAUUUUGCGACUUACAUGUGUAAUAAAAUGUUAAAGGUCUGCUCCUGGGGAUUGUUAUUUCAAAGGUUACUUUUCCAAUAAUUAUUAAAAUAUAUGGAAAAAUUGGUUAAACAGAAAUCAGUACUUCGUACUUCCCUCGUUGAAUAUUACACCUCCUACGGGAUGAUGUCUUGAUUGCUCCGUUCAUAAAUUUGACGUAAAUUGCCUUAUUUAGAACGGCAGGCAGGCGGGCACUAGGCACCCACAUAAAUAUGUACAGAUCUGAGAUCUCCACCCGCAAUUCCACCUUCUCGAUCUGGAUCUCCUCUCACUGGUGGCUCUCCACCUUCGGCCAGAGAUGUUCUUCGGCCAGUUGAUUUUUGGCGCCCGUGUGGAUCGGUCGAGUGGCGGCGGAAAAUUGUUCGUUUGGCCUUUGGAAAAUGUGCCGUGCAAAGGCGUGUGUUUAUUUUUAGCCAACGUGCUGAUUUCCACACUCCCAGAGCUCCCCCUAGCUGGUAUCGAGAAUCGACAACUGCCCAACUAAUUGCACAUCAUCUUCCGCUGGAAAUACUCUCAAAACUCUUCUGGUCUUCUGGCCGGACAUCCAUGGAUGCGGUUAUAUAAUCCCACAAGAGAUACCAGAUCGAAAUGCCAAACAAAUUUCAGAGGAAAGUCUCUCCCAUGAGCGGGGGAGGAGUGGCAAGGGCCUCCAGCGUCUCCUCCUCUCCCAGCAAUCAGCCGCGGAAGCGGGUGAAGCGCUGCUGCCGCAACUUCGUCACCUUUAUGUGCACCCAGGUGGGUGUGGGCGCCCUGAUCGUGAUCUACGCCAUAUGCGGAGCCUUCGCGUUCAUGAACAUCGAACGGCAGUUCAUCGACGGAACGGCCGACCAGGUGCUGGAGAUGCGCCAGAACUGUUCCCAGCAGCUGUGGAGCAUCACGGAGAAGCACAACCUGAUCGACCGUCGCAAGUGGUCGGAGGACACCAACGCCGUGCUCCGGGACUACCAAGCCCAAAUAGCCGAUGUCAUCAAACAGGGCUAUGUGGGCAGGAGCCCUGAACAGAUUUGGAGCUUCCCGGCGGCCCUUAUGUUCUGCCUAUCGGUCAUAACCAUGAUUGGCUAUGGAAACAUGGUCCCAAGAACGCCCUGGGGCAAGGGAUUCACGGUGAUCUACGCCAGCAUCGGUAUACCCUUGUACAUACUGUACUUCCUCAACAUGGGACGGGUUCUGGCCAGGUCCUUCAAGUUCCUCUACCGCUCCAUGCACGACUGCACCCAGGAGCAUCCGCACUUGGACCGCCUGGACGCUCUGGAAGGCGGUGUUAGCCUGCCUCGGAAGAAGAUCAUUGUGCCCUCCACUGCCUGCCUGUGGGUGAUAUUCUUUUACGUGCUCACUGGCACCGUCAUGUUCGCCAACUGGGAAAGGUGGAGCUUCCUGAACAGCUUCUACUUCUGCAUGACGUCGCUCUGCAAGAUCGGCUUUGGGGACUUUGUGCCGGGGGCAUCGCUAACCACUGCUGCGGAUGUUAACGCAGCCACUCAGAAGCUGCAGGAGGACAUAUCCGCCGAUCCGAACGAGCUGGCCCAGCUGCAGUCCGUGGCCGCCGACCAGCACUCGAAGCUGGCCAUCAAUUUCGUGUACAUGCUGCUCGGCAUGGGACUAGUGGCCAUGUGUCGGAACCUAAUGCGAGAGGAGGUCCGGGUGAAGCUGCGAGAGAUGCGCGAGGACGCCAAACUCUGCAUGGAGGACACGCGGCUGCGUUUUGUGGGCUGCUGCGGGAGUCCCCGGGAUGGCUACGAUAGCGACUACUACUAGGGUUUAGCAAAGACUUUAGCUCAUCAUUGAUCAAUUCCUGCAACUGCAAGAGCGGAUUCGAAACUUCGAGGGCAUGCUUGGCGGCGGCAGCGG